UAAAAACAAACCUUCAAACAAAAAGUUUUUAUCUUUUAUUGAGGAACGCAAACAGAGUCAAAAAACACAGGAGCAAAAUUAUUGUUAAAUUGCAGUGCACCACUCAGUGUGUUUGUAUACAUCUCGGCUUACACGCUUGAGAGAAAACAUCAGGGCAUUGCACACACACACAAGCACAGGGUGUUUAGUGCACUGCAUAUAUGCAAUUGCUCUCUUUUGUAUGCCACUCAGUAGAUUACGCACACACACACACAUACAUCCGAUGCAAUCGAUUUGUUGUUGAGAAUAAUCAAACAACAAAUCUCUACUUCUCUCAUUGAUGUUCAUGAUCGGAUUCAAACCUUCAUCGUUUUGUUAAAGAUACGAUGACUGCAACAAGUAGGCCGAAUAGCUUCUUUGGCUUAGACGAUCAUCAACCUACAACAGGGAUCGCAUUAGGAGGUGAUGAAAACAAUAUAGCUUCAGCUUCAACUUCAACACCAACAAAAGUAUCAUAUAAAUCAAUAAAUUCAAUACCUUUUACUUCACAACAAACAACAACAAACGAAGAUAAUGCAAGUGAAUUAGAAGGAACAGAAGAUCUUGCGCCCCGAGCAAGACCUUCAAGUUUCUUUGGAAUGGAACAACCUUUAGGUCAUGUACCAAAUCCAACAGAUUCAAGAAUUACCUCCAAUUCAAAUCCACCAACAACAAAUAGUUCUGCUGCUUUAGCAUCUUUUGCUUCUCCAAACAUAAACGCAAAUCAAUCCCCUCAAACAGGAACAGAUACACCCAACGGUAAUCGUGGAGGUUCACCUUCGCCUCCUUCUAUCGCACCUUCUCAAUCAGCAAGUAAUUAUGGCAGCGGAAGUGCAGAAAGGAGCGUGAAUGGAGCCACACGACCGGCUAGCAUCGCUCCUACUACCAAUGGACCACUACUGGAUCAUAGCCAUUUACGACCAGGAGAACAGGCGGCAUUGUUGAGUCACAACAAAACACUUGAGCUGUACAGGCUCAAUGCAAAGAAGACCAACGAUCCCGAGCUGAUCUAUGAAUUGGCCGUGUUUAUGAUCGAUGCAGCCAAGAGUAUGGGCGGAGAUGAUAGCAGUGGAGGAUCUGGACCGACAGGUUCUGGAAGUAGCGUUGGCGUUCAAGGUAAAGAGGAAAGCGAUCGAGAUGAAUUGGUAAAGGAGGCUGUUGGCUUGCUCAAAAAGAUUGCUGAUAGAGGUCAUCCUGAUGCUCAAUAUUUCUUGGCAGAUUGUUAUGCAAACGGAAUCGGAACUGUGAAAGGCAAACAAGAUUUCGAUAAAGCAUACCCGCUCUUCGUUUUGGCUGCCAAGCAUGGUCAUCCUGAUGCCGCCUAUCGGGCAGGAAUGUGUUAUGAAAAAGGAUGGGGAUGUAGACGUGAUGCAGCAAAGGCUAUUCAAUUCUAUCGAAAAGCAGGCGCCCAAUCCCACCCCGGUUCGAUGUACAGAUUGGGAACGGCAGAAUUGAAUGGUGACCUAGGAUUGAAGAAAAGCGCUCGUGAAGGUGUUAAAUGGCUCAAACGUUCAGCCGAAGCUGCCACUCCGGAAUUUCCACAUGCUCUUCAUGAGCUUGCACUCUUGCAUGAACGUGGUGUGGACAACGUCUUGUUCGCUGAUCCAGAGUACGCAUGUGAAUUACUAGCACAAGCAGGUGAGAUGGGAUAUGCUCCCAGUGCUUACAAGCUCGGUGUCAAUUACGAAUACGGCCGAAUGGGUUGUCCUCAAGAUGCAGGAUUGAGUAUUCACAUGUACAAUAUUGCCGCACAGCAGAAUCACAAAGAAGCAUGCUUUGCUCUCACAGCUUGGUACCUUGUUGGCGCUCCCGGGAUAUUACCGCAAAGUGACACCGAAGCUUACUUGUGGGCCAAGAAAGCAGCGGAACAAGGAUUGGCAAAAGCUGAAUACGCCGUCGGAUACUUUACAGAAAUGGGAAUAGGAUGUGUUGCAGAUUUGAACGAGUCUCGUUCAUGGUAUCGGGCAGCGGCUGAGCAUGGAGAUAAAAGGGCAAAUCAACGAUUGAUCGCAAUGGGUAUCACACCACCCGAAGAGACUAGACUUGCUGCUCCAUCUGGAAAACGCAGAGCAUCUGAACCGAAUACGGGUGCAUCUGGAGCUUCGAAUGGACAUGAUGAAGAACAACCACCUUUGCCACAAAAGCCAUUAACAGCGCGCGAACAAGGAAUGCGAGUCGCCAAUCCUGGCGUGAUGGGUAUGCAGGCAAUUCAGCCCACAAGCGCACCUUUUCAAUCGGCAGUAGAGAGAAGCAAUAUGUCUCCAGCAGCAGGAAAUAUGCCAAUGCAUUAUCCAAGUCCACUUAAUAUGCGUGAAGUGCAAACGGCACAACGUGAUCAUGCUCAUCAAAUGGCCGUGCAACAUCAUCAGAGAUUACGUGAAAUGAAUGGUCCCAAUGGUCCUCCUUCUCUUGGUCCUCCCUCUCAAGGAUCGACAACAUCUUUGCCCAACACAAUCGCAGGAUCAGAGCAAUCUCACAAUUCUAAUCGCACCGGACCUGGUUCGCCUCAACAGUUGCCGUUGGCCAGACCUCAUUCACCACCCACGAACGCAUUGCAAAACCAAUUCCAGAAUAUGCAUAUGCGUAACGGUCCUGGUGGUAACAUGUUACCCAGACCUCCAAUGCAAGCCCCACACGAUUUCUUGCGCAAUGGUCCACCACCGUCCGCUUCAUCUCAUUCAUCCGGUCCGCCAGGUCAAUUCAGCAGACAGCCAUCUGAUUCAUCCAGACAAUCUCAUACGUCUUUACCUCCCAAUCACAGACAAAACGGGAACGGGAUGCAAAGACCGCCUUCGGGAGCGGAAGUUGCUUAUUUACCUCAGCGUCCACCACCACCGCAAAUGAUGAUGGGCGGCGGCCAAGCUGGAAUGCACGGAAAGCGACCACCUCCUUUCCGACCUCAACAACAAAGACAAAAUAGUGCACCACCAAGUCCACAAAGCGUUCAACUUGCAGGACACGGUAAUGGUUAUCCAAGUUAUUCGGCCAAUAGACCACCACCGCCGCAGCUUGCCAAUCAAUUCGGACCUGGACCUGGACAAAAUGGAGGAGGAGGAAUUUAUCGACCUGGCAUUCCGGUUUUGCAACAGCCACCGGAAAUGAUCAACGGAGGAUUACAAAACGCCGAUGAUUCUCAAUCAGAAAAGAAGAAGAGUUUAUGGGCUCAGCUAAAGGCGAUGUAGAGAGAGAGAAAUCCAUUAGCACUCUUUCCCCCUUUCUUUCCCCAAUUUAAUCCCCCUUCCCCCCACUUUUAGACGAUUUUCUUUGUAGCAAUCAAUUUCACAUCUUUCAUAGGACAAGCACAUUCUCUUUGUCCAUCGGAAAAAACUGCAUUUCCCCAAUCUCACCUUCAUAUAAUGACUUUUGUUCAUGCACCUCACGUACAUUCUAUCAUAUAAUGGACACUUAUUUUCAUGAUCACACCCUUAGUGCAUAUUGAAAUCUCAAUUAAUGAC